ACAGGAGAGAAACCAUACCAUUGUGAUAUCUGUGGUAAAUCAUUCAUUGAAAGUGGUAAAUUAACUGCACACAAGCGUACUCAUACAGGAGAGAAGCCAUGUCAUUGUGAUGUCUGUGGUAAAUCAUUUUCUGACAGUAGCCAUUUAACUGCACACGUACGUAUUCAUACAGGAGAGAAACCCUAUAAUUGUGAUAUCUGUGGUAAGUCAUUCUCUCGAAAUAAUGACUUAACUAUACACAGACGUAUUCAUUCAGGAGAAAGACCAUAUCAGUGUGAUAUUUGUGGUAAAUCA